UUUUCAUCAGUAAAUUAAAAAUAUGAUGAAAUUAAUUUUUAUUGUUUCAUAUUAUUCAGUUGAUAAAAAUUUAUAAUCAAAAGACUGAUAUUUCAAUUAACCGAAUAUUUGCUUCAUGUUCUUUUUAAUUAGAAAAAUAAAAAAUCAAAACCAAAUGGUUAUACUUUUUAUAAACAAGAUUGGGAGAUGUACACAUACUAUAUUAUAUCAUUAUUAAUUAAUUAAUAAAAGGGUAAAAUAUAGUAAUAUAAAGUAAAAAAGAAAUUAUUAAAAUGAGAUCACUUUCGUUCGGUUGCGGUCUCAUAAGUGGCUGUCAGUCAUUAAAUUAGAGAAAAAAAAAAAAAAAGAAAGAAGGAAAGAAAGAGCUAUCAUUCCACAGACACACAUAUACUCUCUCUCUCUUUCGAGAGCGGGAAAAUGAAAGAAAAAGAAAAACCUCUCACUUUCACUGACACACUCUUUUUCUCUCUCUCUCAUUCCAUAUUUAACACAUAUUUUACAUUACUAACUUCUCUCUCUAACCUCAUCAUCAUCGUUCAUCUUUCAACUUAAUCAUCAGCAUCAUAAAUAAUUCUCUAGCUACAUCAUAGGCCUCUCUUCUUUCUGUAAUCUUUUGGUUUCUGGGUGUUUAUGUUUCUUUAAAGGCUCUUUGGUUCUCGUUUCUGUGUGUUCUUUCAAAAGAGUGACAGUGAAAGUAGCUAUUACUAGUCAUUUCUUGUAAUAUUUUGUUCUCUUUCUCUCUGUGGAUGUGAAGCUCAGAAGAAAUUAGAACAUGGCAGCUGCAGCAUCCCAAGGGUUCUCGAUUCGUGAGUACACGGAAAAGAUGAGAGUGGUGGAUGUGGAGAAAUGCUGGCCGUUUAGCGGUGGUGGUGGAGAUAAAGAACAAGUAGAAGCAACUCUCCUUCCUCCCAUCACCGUCACUAAAUUCCGCUGGUGGUCGCAUGAACUCAACAAGAUUAAUCAGCAAAAAGAACAAGGACAAGGACUAGAAGAAGAUCAUUGCUUAAUUGGAGUAUCAAGAAAUGAAGCUAAAGAGAAGGAGGAAGGUGAGGAUGAAUUGGAGAUUGUGUGUCCGGUUUGUGGGAAUUUCGCUACGGAGAGUAUGGAAGUGUUCAAUGCUCAUGUUAAUACUUGUCUUGCUCAUGCACAAAGAGAGGAAAAGAAAGCGAAGACACCAUCGAAGUCUAAAUCCAAAUCCAAAUCUCCCAAGAAAAGAUCCAUUCUUGAGAUCUUUGCAGUUUCGCCGCAGGUUGAGAAGGUGGAUGAUGCGGAUGAGGAGAGUGAUGAUGAUGAUGGUAAAGACGAUUAUUUUAAUGGUCAAGAACAAGAAGAAGAUGAGAAAAAGAUGAUGAAGAAGAAGAAGACCAAGAUAAAAAAGACGAAGAAGAUAAAGAACGUAGUGAUCGGAACUAAGUUAACAAUGGACAGGAAAAAGAACAAGUGGAAUAAGAAGAAGAAGAAAAUGAAGAAGAUGAAGAACAACAAGGGGUCAAUUGCAUUUAAGGGGAAUGCUCAUAAGCUUAAAUUGCCAGUUCCAGUGAUGUGUUCAGGAAAAGUGAAUGGUUCAUUUUGCAAUAAAAGGAUCCCAAAAGCUAUUCUGGACGAUGUUUCAGUCCACCAACACAAAUCAGGACUGAAGGGUUCUAUACGAAAGAAGAAUGGAGUUGAAGCAUCAAAAUUUAUUGCAAAGCACCAAAAAGAAUUCAUCCCUAUUCGUGGUAUUCUCAAGAAUCAUACAAAAGCUAUUGAUCAACAGAAUUCUGAAAUUUGUAAUGUGUCAGGCAGUAGUCAAGCGAAUUGUUGUGAACUUCAAUAUUCAGACAGGCAUGUCAGGUUCUCAGGUAAAGAUGACAUUCUUGGUCCAAUGAAGAAUAAGUUCAGUUCCUCUGAGAAAAAUGCUUUUGAUACAUAUCCAAACAUCCUUGCUAAUCAGUCAGACCAGGAUCACUCCACAGAAAGUGAUAAAGAAUCAGAUGCUGUGGGGUUGAAUGGAAGUGGUGAUAUUGAUGUUAGCACAGGAAAUGGAGCAGAGUUGCAAACAAAGAUUAACAAGAAACAGUUGGCAGGUAUUAAUGACCCUGUUGCUACGCCUGAUUUUCUGAGGCUACAUCAAGAAAAAGAGCAGCAUAUCUUGGAUAUAUUAUCCACAAGUCCAGUAAUGAUUCACGGUAAUGAUUUGCAUAUGUUUCCUCAAAGGCACCCAAAUGGACCAAAUAAACCCACACAUGCUAGCAAUUUGAGACUGCUUCCUACAAUGAAUGAAGCACAUAAUCCCCAUGUAAAUUCUCAAUUUUGUGGUAAUGUACCUAUGCCAUCUGAUUCUAGAGGAAAGUCCAUUGAUUAUUUUGAAGAUCUCACGCAUGGAUUUGCUGCUAUAGAUUCAUUGGCAAGUACAAGGGCAUUUAGCCAACCUUCAUCAUCUAAUUUUCCUUCAGUUGAAGUGUCGAAUAGGAGCUUUUCAUUUAUGCCACAAUCUUCCAUCAUAAGUAUCAGUGGCCAGGCUUUGCAAAACCAACCAUAUUAUCAUCUUUCUCCAAUGGGAUUUAGGGUUUCAGAUAGGAGGCAAACAGUAGGUGUCUUAGGCGAAAGGUGCAUGGAUGGGGAAUUUUAUGGCCUGCCUCUAAAUUCACAUGGGGAACUAAUCCAGGUGAGUUCAAGUGGUAGAGUUGGUGUAGACCACAUGAAGAAGUCAACUAUGCUAAGUUUUUCAAGUAGCUCAUAUCAACAAAAUUCUGUCAUGUCCGGAAGCUUCAGUGGUUUUGCAAGUGAAAAGCAUCCUAAUGAGCAGGGAGUUCCAAAUGGUCGAUUAGAUUUGCUGCCUAUACAAAAGAAGCACAAUGUACAUUUACCACCUCAGUUCAGUGUUGCCGGCUUGCCAAAUACUGGAAGACUGGAUGCUCAUUCACUAAAUCCUGAUAGAGGAUGUAGCAGUAGUGUCUAUCCAUUUGAUUCAAACCUGAGUUCAACGAAUAUAUCUCUCAAUCAAUGCAGGCAGUACAUUCAAAGUCAGAACGAAAAUCAGAUGGCUCAUAUGAAAAAAAACUCGGAUAAUAUGUCACUGAAAACUGUGCUACCAACAAUGAGGUUGAUGGGUAAGGAUGUCGCAGUGGGUAGAAGUAAUACAGAAAUGCAAAGUUUUGAGGAUGGAAACAUUUGGAUGGACAAAGAAAUUAUACAAGAGCAUCGUCCUUCAAGUAAUGAUCUUGGUCAUUCCUUGCUGAAGAGACAAAUUCAGCAGGAAAGGAUUUUGUGUCCAGCACUAGAAAAAUCAAAGGAAACUUUAUAUCUUCCUUUGGAAUUUGAAAGCAAUCAGGCCUCACAAAGCAACUUUCAGAUGAAAGCUCAAGAAUUUAGAGCUUCUCACCCAUUCUAUAACUGGAAAACUAGUUCUGCAUUCCAAAAUGGUGACCUUACUGUCGAGCCAAAUAGUAGUAGUUCAGAGCUGCAUCCAACUGCUCAUCCAUUUUCUCUUGAUAUGCUAUACAAGGGAGCCAACUUGCAGGAUUACUUAAUAUCUGGUGCUGAAAAUGCAGGUAUAAGCUCUCAAGUGCCGGUAAUGUCUACAUUGCUUAAUACACGUCCACAUAUGGGCUGUAGACCUACUGAAUUAAAUUACCAGCAGAAUCUACCUAAUGCUCGGAAGUCAGCUUUUGACUUUCCAUUCUUGCACCCAGAUUAUAAUGAGCAUAACCAAUCAUCUUCAUUUCCCACCUCCUCUAAGAACCUGCCUCCAUGGUCAGUACAUGCAUCACCACUACAAGUGAAAACAGGAGAUAUGGCUUCUAAGAAUUUUUCUGAUGUGGGUUGUACACAUCAUCCUUCUUGUACAAGUGGAACAAAUUUUCUUACACCUCUUUACCAUUCAUCAGUGGUUUCUGACCCUCACAGUUCUGUGAUUUCUGGCCCACCUUUGAGAAGUUCACUUGGAUCAGUGUUGUUUAUCGAACCUCCAGGCUUUCCGUUCAGUACUGGAGUUCAUUCAAAUUCGUCAAUAGACAUGAGCUACAGAGACAAGAUCAUCAUCCAGGAAAGAAUGAAGUCAAAUUCUUUGGGUGUUAAGGUUCCUGAUCAUUGUCAGAAAAUCAAGAAGAGGCCCGCAGCUAUAUCAAGUGGUUCUUUGAGGCCAACCAAGAUGCCUAACUUGAUGCAGGAGGAUUUAAGUGCUGUGACAGAGCUAACAAGGGAGACCUCUAGCAGCGAGAUCUGGCAGAACAUUGCAGCUUAUGAAGCCAGAUCAAAAGGCGAUAAAGGAAUUGGUUUAGGAUGCUGUUCCUAUGAAGCUCAGAAGAAUGGUCUUGGAACUUCAAGUGACUCUGAUUUUUCUAAAGCUGAUACUUUGACGAAACCAGGACCCAUGAAACUAACUGCUGGAGCAAAGCACAUCCUCAAACCCAGUCAAAAAAUGGAUCACGAUAACUCCAGGCUCAUCCAUUCUACCAUCCCAUUUCCUGGUGCAACUGACUGUGAAAGCUUUUUAGAUUCUCAGAGGAAAUCAACAAUGAUUUACAGGUUUUAGGGGUAAGUCCUGUCAUCCUAGGAUGAUUUUGACUAAUACAAGAGCAUGAGUUUGCUAGUUUGCUCUACAUGUUAAUUAAAAGCUAUAUAUAUAGUCAGCAGGAUUGCUUUCCAGUAUAAUAUUUACAUUACUGGUGAAUCGGACUUAAUGUAAUAUUUUCAAGCCAAGGUUUCCUUUUUUUGCAGUCAAACACAGGCUCCAACAUGUGGAAUUAUGUUUAGGAAUGCGACUGCUGAAUUUUGUGCUCUUCUUUUUGUUUUGUCAUUUUUUGUUUUGUUCUUCUGAAAAGAUUUGUGCUUCUUAAUUAUCCGGUGUUUAAGUAUUUUAUUAAUUUUUCGAUUUUCGAGCCGUUACACUAAAUUGUUUGGUUAAUUUGUUACAUGGAAAGGUGGUAGCCGCUAAGAUACUGAAGUGGUACUUUACUUUGUUUUUAUUCAGGAGUGGUACAUUUCUAACAACUCCAAUUUUGAGCUUUUCUUGUUAGAAAAAAAAAAUUAUCAGAAAAAGAACUUACACAAUUUGAAUUCAAGUCUUCCCAUUUGCUAUC